AUGAGUGACCAAAAGGUUCCGCCUGGGAACUCCCCAGCCUCUGACCGCGUGGAAAUUGAGACAGUGGUGGAGGGAAAUGAAAAGGCAACAGCGAAGGAGCAAAAGCGUGACUACGCUGGCGCUGUAAAAAAGACUGAUCCAGAGGAAAUUCGGCUUGUACGAAAGCUAGACUACCGUAUCAUGCCCACAUUAUUUGCAAUGUACUUUCUUAACUACGUCGACAGGAAUACACUUGCACAAGCUCGACUCAAUGGGGUUGAAAAAGAACUCGGAAUGCAUGGGAGCCAAUUUAAUACUGCAAUCUCUAUCCUUUUCGUCGGAUAUAUUCUGACUCAGGUUCCAAGUAACAUGUUGAUAACAAGAAUAGCUCCAAGUAUUUACAUGAGUACAUGGAUGGUGAUCUGGGCUAUCGUCUCAGGUGCGAAAUAA